AUGAGGACCGUUUCCCUGCUUCUUUUGGUUGCAUUGACAGCCCUGGCAGAGUCUCGCCAUGACAACCACCUCGGGCGAGCCAAGCGGGAGCUUCUGGUGCGUACCAAGAGAAGAUGGGUUUUGUCUACAAUCGAAUUAGUCGAAGAAAUUAAAGGGAAGUACCCCAUGGAGAUUUCAAGGAUGCACAAUGACAAGCAGAACGAUGUGGGCCACUUGUACCGUAUAAGUGGGAUGGGCGUGGACAAGGAGCCAAAAGGAGUGUUCUCCAUCGACGAGCACACCGGAGUCCUCUCUGCCCACAAGUCCGUGGACAGAGAGGCAUACGACCUCUUCCAUAUCCACUUUGACAUCUUGAACAAAGAAACGGGCCUAGAAAUGGACAACCAACUAUCUUUCAAUAUAGAAGUGAAGGACAUCAAUGACAACGCACCAUCAUUCGUUCACGGAUUGACAGCCGACGUGCCAGAAAAUACGCCGGAGGGCACCCCGCUGCUACAGCUGAGCAUGACGGACAGAGAUAAGAGGAACACAAACAACUCUCUGAUCACCGUCAGUAUCGUGUCACAGGACCCGCCGGAGCCCAAGAUAUAUGUGAAGAAGAUGAAUAACAUCAUGGCCCAGCUCAACUUCAAAGGAUGCUUUGACUACGAUAAAGUAAAGAAGUAUACAGUCGUUGUUGAAGCAAGAGAUCACGGGACGCCGGUCCUCUCCUCCACUGCCGUGGCUACCAUCAACAUUCUUGACAGAAACAAUCACCUGCCGACGUUCAGGGCCAAAGAAUACCACGGCGAGGUGUUAGAGUCAGUCACCAAGGAGAAUCUUUUGAGGAUCGCGGUGGACGACAAAGACACUCCCAACACCCCCGGCUGGCUCGCAGAAUACUUCUUCGUGGAAGGGAACGAGGGAAGAAACUACAAAAUUGAAACCGACCCUGUGACCAAUGAGGGGAUUCUGAGUGUCAUCAAGGGCAAGGACUUUGAGAAGUCCAAGCGCCACAGCCUGGUGGUCGGAGUGAAGAACGUGGAGGCCUUGUUCUUUUGCGCCGGCACUCCUCCGUCACCGGAUGUAGUCAACAUCACGAUAAACGUGAUCGAUGUCAACGACCCGCCUGCCUAUGAGAAAGCUUUGUAUGACGUGUUCCGCGUAGAAGAGGAGGAUCCGGGAAUGGAGCUGCUGACGCCGAAGGUCAUCGACCCCGACUCUGACGUAUACCAUAUCAGGCAUGAGCUGGUAGAAGAUCCGGCCGGCUGGAUAUCCAUAAAUGAGAAAACGGGAACGAUCAAAACGAUUAAGAAGAUGGACAGAGAAUCAUCGUUUGUCGACGAGAAGAGCGUGUACAAGAUCAUCAUCAGAGCCACAGAUAAUGGUAAACCUCCGGCCCAAUGCACAUGCACUGUUCUGAUCCACCUGAGGGAUAUCAAUGACAACUCUCCAAGGCUGGUCAACAACAGCAUGGUUAUGUGCGGGAACAAGGAAAACAAGGUCGUUGUGCGCGCCACGGACGCAGACGUCAACCCUUUCACCGGGCCCUUCACUUUCCUGCUGGGGAGUGAUGAUAAAGAUCUGGCGAAGCGAUGGAAACUACAGCCUUCCUACGGUGAGGAAGGUGGGCUCAUUAGCCAGAUGACACUUCCUUUCGGUAACUACUCGGUGCCGCUGCACAUUCAGGACCAGCAGAACGUGGCGGGGCUCAACACCAUGAAGGUGGUGGUGUGCGACUGCGGAGAGGGAGACGCCUGCAUUCCCAAAGAGCCGGCCUCGACCGGCUUGGGGCCGGCGGGCAUCGGACUGAUCUUUCUGGGCCUCCUCUUAUUUCUACUGCUGAUCCUCAUCUUCAAGUGUCAGUGUAGCGGGAAGGAUUUCCAUAAGAUUCCCACGGGGCAGGAUGAGGGCAACCAGACCCUGAUCCGCUACAACCAAGAAGGAGGGGGGUCCCCGUGCAUGAGUGAGCCCACUCUGCUCAUGACGCCUACAAAAACCAUGAAUGUGACGGAUGGCCUGAAAAUGGGCACCAUGCAGUCCCAGAUGUCCCAGAUGCCCCAGAUGACCCAGAUGUCCCAGAUGCCCCAGAUGACCCAGAUGUCCCAGAUGACCCAGAUGUCUUCGGGGAUGACCCGGGACAUGGAUAUGUACACCAGCAACACGAUGAACUCCAACAUGAACUUGCAGGCCUCGCAGCGCCAAAGAGACUCCAUGAGGAGCCAAGGAGGGCAGAGCAUGUCCUGGAACUCCAACAGGAUGAACUCCUAUCAGGGAGGCUCCUCCUCGAGAGACAACCGCUGGGGGGGCAUGCUGUCAGAUCAAUACAUUUCAGACCACAUCGACCAGAGAAUGGACGAGAUUGACGGGAACCUUGAAUCCCGGCCGACGUACCAGCCCCACCAGUACGCCUACGAGGGAGAGGGCAGCAGUUGCCAGUCGUUGGAUCAGCUGUCACUCAGCAACAUGGGCGAUGAUUUGGUGUUCCUGAAUGAUUUGGGGCCAAAUUUCAAAACCUUGGCAGACGUCUGUCAACAGAAAAUAAAUGGAGGGAAAAACACAGAGUUUUAAUAAAAGGUCACUGCUGGACUGGCGAUUUUUUUUUGCAUAUGAAGAAAGUUGCUCUUCGCUUGGAGUUUUAGAAACCGGGAUUAAGGACCGAUCUGACUGGAUCUUUGGAGAAAAGACGUACCGCACAGCGCUCCGAUGUUUGACUUGUGCACUUCAGACUUGAAUACCUGACGUAUUUCUGAGUCAGGGGCUAGCAGCCAUCCGUGAAACGAGGAUUAUGUUUUAUUUUGCCUGCUUGGAAAUGUAAUUAUUGCACUGAACAAACUGUCAUGCUGUGGUGGUUUUUGAAAUGUUGGGCUUUUGACAGCAACUGGGUGUGCUUGCAUGCAGGGAUGGAUUAACCAACGGGCCUACCGGGCCCAGGCCCAGGGGCCCAUGAGCUCAGGGGGCCCCUGGGCCUGAGCCUCCGCGCGUGACGUCGCUGUUAUUAACAUUGUAUUGAUAUGAAUAUGAUGAUAUGACACGAUGCGCCGUAGCCGGUAUAUGCUAGGCUUAAGUCAUUCAUGUCAGUAACAAGGCCCCAAUAGUCCUACUGAGGGAUGGAUUACCGAACGAGCCUACCGGCACCAGGGGCCCCUGAGCUCAGGGAGCCCCUAACCGAGAGCCUUUGCGUGAAGUCUCUGUUAUUAACUUUGUAUUGAUAUGAUGAUAUGACACGAUGCGCCGUAUGCGGUAUAUGCUAGGCUUAAGUCAUUCAUGUCAGUAACAGGGCCCCAAUAGUCCGAUUGAGAAACUAAAGAAUAGCCUAAACAUUCACUUUGAAGAUGUCACAAGAAAGAAACCAUCAUGAUACCUUUCAAGUGAGUGUUUAUCCCCUCAGUUUAUCUAUAGGACUUUAGAGGGGCUGAGUACUCCAUGCAAUAUAUGGGCCCUUCAACUCUGUAGGGAGAAAUCCAAAAAGCAAGUGCAAAACAAUAGCAUUAGAGCUCUUUCUAAGCACCCCCACCCCCCACACACACAAAUGCGCUGUUUAUGUAUUUCUGUAAAGUUGUUCUUCAUGAAAGUUUAUUCGUUUAAUUCAUAUAACCGAAGUCCCUGCUAUCAUAUAAUUCGCGUAAUGUUGUCUGCUCAGCUCCGGUAUUUUUUAAAAACAUUUAUUUUUAUUUUAUUUUAUUUGUAAUUAUUAUUUUUUUUUUUACAGGCGGGGGGGGGGGGGGGGGGGGCGCCUUGACACGUCCAGGCCCAGGGGCCCGUGGUUUCUUAAUCCGUCCAUGCUUGCAUGUUGUUUUACUUCGCUGAGUGAUUGAAGGCUUGAUUGAUGGCACAUGACAGUCCUGUAGGUCGAAACGCGGCAGUAUUUUUUAAAAUAUUUGUAUGUUAAUCUGUGGAAACUUGACUAAUACAUAGUGUAUAAGAUGUUAGCCUGACAAAGAGAACCCUUCUGUUGAUCCGGACCAGUGGGAAUAAGUUGCAACCAGUCCGUAUUUGUAAAAACGUUUGCCUUUGCCCACACUAAAGGAUGUGCUGGUAGCAACCUUUUACUUUUUAUGAUUGAACAAAAAUUAUAAUAAAAAUAUACCAGAACAAACAUACCGUUUCAAUAGUUAGAACCCAUGUUUGGGAGUAGUGAACACAUUAAACUAGUAGUUUUACAAUUUUUUUGCAGUAGCUUGCUGGUAACACAACUAUAUUCACAUGUGCAUUUAGUGAUUUAAGUUAAUUGACUUUUUCUUAGUCUUGUAAAUGAACUACUAAAACUACAACAAAAUCCCAUGAAUGGAAUGUGUUUUUUUAUUUUAUUUUUAUGUUACUGUUGCUUCUCUACUGUCAAGUCAACGCAGAAGUGCCUUGAACUUGCAUUCUCUCCACUGACCACCAGGGGGAGACAUUGUGUCAAACAAAUGCAAGGUAUGCUAAAUUAAGUGGUAUUUUUGUGUGA